UGCGGUCGCCUUUCGGUCUUCGUUUUGUAGACACCGUGUACCCCCCUACGAAUUGGAUUAUUGGUCACCAAUUCCCACCGAAUUUGAUCCCAUCCCGUUCGUAGACGUGGCUGAAUCUGCCUAAUAACGUUAGUGAGCUAAAAAUUGCCUAGAAAUAUCGGGUCAAAAUCAGUCUUCAUUCGAGGAAAUUGAGAUUUCUUCAUCUAAUUACCUGAAGGAUAUUGUGUGGAGUAGCAUUAAGAUCAGGAGUUGAUUUAAAAGGAGUCUGAGGAUACCAUCAAAAUGAGUCGAGAGAACGGAGCUGGAUAUGAGGAAGAAGAUUUGGAUGAUACCUUUGAGCAGGAUCUUCAUAACAUGAUCCGUGAUGGAGCCGGUGGUAUCAUGAACCCAUUACCAGGAUCUACAGGUGGAGGAGCUUCUCUUAAUGCGAGUCAAGGAAACAAUAGAUUUACAGGAGUAGAUCUUAACAGCCCUCAGAAAGGUACACCACCACCAUCAGCUAUCAAUGUUCAUCCAAAUCCUAAUAUUGGUACAAGGCUUGCAAAUCCAAGAGCUGCCCGAGGUUCACGUCUUGUAGGUUCCUAUGCAAAUAGGCGUCCCUUCACCAAAUCAUCACCUAUACCAGGCCAAAAAUCAUCAACAGAUUCACCAGUAGAGAGUGGUCAUGGCUAUAGCAAUCCAAUGUCAGGUUCUAAUGGAGACCAGACCUCAUCAGCUAUGGCUAAAGCUAAACUUGAUAGCUUCAAGAACUGGAGUAUCUCAACAUAUAAAUGUACUAGACAAAUGGUGCAGGAGAAGCUUGGUAAGGCUUCUAGGACUGUAGACCUUCAGCUUGAAGCACAGAUUGAGGUCUUAAGGGACACUCAACGGAAGUAUGCCCAUAUCCUCAAGCUAACCAGAGCCCUGACCAAUCAAUUCUACCUGGUAGUCCAGACACAAAGAUCUCUUGGUGAUGCUUUUGGUGAGCUAUCUCAGAAGUCACCAGAGCUACAGGAAGAGUUCACGUAUAAUGCCGAGACACAGAAAUCACUUUGCCUAAAUGGAGAAACAUUGCUUAGCGCCCUCAAUUUCUUUACAUCAAGUGUUAGUACACUCUGCAAUAAGACAAUGGAAGACACACUGCUCACUGUGAAGCUCUAUGAGUCAGCAAGGAUAGAGUAUGAUGCUUACAGAGCUGACAUGGAACAUUUAUCAUUAGCACCUAAAGAUGCUCAGACCCAGGCUAGACUUCAUGAAGCAAGACAGAAAUAUGAAACACAAAAAGAGAAGUUUGAUAAAUUGAGACAAGAUGUAUCAGUCAAGCUAAGAUUCCUGGAUGAAAACAAGGUGAAGGUGAUGCAUAAGCAAUUACUGUUGUUCCAUAAUGCUGUAGCAGCCUAUUUCUCUGGUAAUCAACAAGCACUUCAAGCAACACUCAAGCAGUUUAAUAUCAAACCUAAAGCACCUAGUGAGAUGCAACCAUCAUUCCUUGAAAAACAGUAGAAAUCAUGUGACCAUUGUUCUACCAAUCACUGAUCAGUACACAUGUAGGUGAAAGUAGGCCAUAGCAAUGCAAAGUUGUUAUUAAUGAUAGUGAUAGGGGCAACAACUGUGAUUGAAUCUGGUUACUUUUAAAGGGGUUUAUGCAUAUUAUCUAAGUAUACUACCCCAAUCAUUAAAUUCAAUCAGUUGACCAUUAUCUAUAUCUUGGCUCCUAGGGAGUAUUUCACUCAUUUAUCAUGUGAGGUAUUCACAGUGCUUGACAAAUAAAGUAUCCCCAAUGUAAAGGUUUACAGACUAUCAUUGACUGCAUGCUUUCAUACCAUCAUGGCUUGCUCCAAGCUACAGAGUCAGAGGUUUGUAGGUCGGUCACAGCUUAUGAUUGGUGAAGAUCAUUCCCAAUACCAAAAUAACUGCAGGUUUGACAAAACCAUUUACAUAUCAACAGAAUCAAUUCAGUGAUUUGUAGAACAUAGGUUUGUUAUUACUAAUAAAAUACAUAUAUCUUAUGAAUGCUUUUGUCUUGUAUUCAUUUCAUGUGAUAUGAUUUCUGUACUCAGACCUGCCAUUACUUUUUUGUGAUUUUUUUUUUACCUUUUCCUAUGAAACACCGGUACCUGUAACAUUUCUUAUUCUUUAUUUAUUUAUACUUAUCCUGGAAUAAUUACAAAUUUGUUUUAAAUAUGUGAAGCUCACUCAAGAAUAGUGUCUAGAUUGAAAAUAGACUAUGCAUGUCAUUGUGCCAAAAUAGCAGAUGGAGAAAGAAAAUAAAUAAAAGAGGAAUGUAGUAUUGGGAGACAUGCAGGAUCAUUUUAAAUAUCUUUGGAAUAAGGAUUUAUAGAAUAUUCAAUUACAUUCAGGGUAUAUUAAUGUAAUACUGAGAAGUUUCAGAAACUGUCCACAAUUAUAUAUACAUCCAGACAGUCAUGUUUUAAGCUAGAAAUAUUACCCAUGUAAUGAUUAAUCUUGUAUAUGUUGCCUUUGUCUUUUUGCAUGCCUUAAAUUUGUAUCUAAAAUAAGCCAUUCCAAAACUAUCAGACAAUUCAUCCCAGAUUUCUGUGUGAUAUACCGUGAUAUUUAGAGGUAAAGAUGUAUAGCUAAAUAGUUGUACAGGUUUCAAAAUAAGUACUAUUGGUGAAUAUGUUUUUACCUGAUGAAAGACAUUUUUAGUAAUCUCAUUUCCUCAGGGCCCUGUUGCUUAAUACUUCUAUGGUAUCUUUGCCAUUUAAUCAUAGCUGCCAUGGCAACCAUACUCGACAGUAAGUCAAUGAUUCUAUGGAAACGGAUGACAACUUUUCCAUAGUAAUCAUUUUCGCAACAGGGUGCUGAAACAAACUUUCAUAUUUCAAUAUUUGUACCCUUUAUUACACCAAGUAACAACUGUUUAUGUUGAUAAGAAUAUAUAUAUUUAAUUGAGAGUAUAUACAAUGAAUUAUAUUACCCCCUCCCUUUAUACAGUGUGAUAACAAAGGUGUACAGUGUAAAUGAUAGGUUCUGUACAGUACUCUUCUGGAGAUUUUUAUCAUUAAUGUGAAAAGAAACAUGAAAGUAGAAAUAUGAUAUUUGAUGACUAGAUCAAAUUUAUUUUGCAAGAUCUCUGUUAGCCAUAAUGGGAUGCUUUUGAAUCUGCUAGAAAUCAUUACUAUUCAUUCAUUAAUGUUACAGGUUUGUAAUUCUUAAGAUAUGUUAAUUCUUAGUUUAAUUCAGGAAAUGUUACUCCUCAUAAUGAUCACUGAUUGAUAACAGAAGUGUUUCAACAAAAUUUUCUUUUUUUUUUUUCACCAUUGCCUCAUGAAAAAGAAUGUAGUAAACAUAAAAUAUAGAGUGUUAGCAAAGUUUAGACAUUCUAAGCUUCCCAUAAUUUACAGCAUAGACUUACACUAUGGCUUUAGAUUAUAGCCAAUGGGUCUUCCCACUGUCUACCUUGACUGGGUAAUUAAUGUACUAGUAUUACAUCUAUGGAAUCAGAAGAUGUAAUAUUCAAUGGUCUAGUGGUGUUGAAAAAAAAACCCCAAAUCAGCCCUGAAUGUUUAAAAAUAUUUUAGAAGCAUGUUAUUCUCAUUCAACAUGAUUAAUUACAUCUUGGGACUUAACUUUAAUUUGUGUGUGCUGAAAAGGUCAUACAUUUAUUAUCAUAUUAGGUGAAUGUUUAGUUUUGGUUCGUGAAUGUCUUGCAUUUUUUUUCAUAUCAAUGUUACUGGUGCUGGUCUGAGAAAAAAAAGUAGAGACAGUAUUACUUGAAACCUUGCCCCUUUACUAAUUAUGUUAUAGGUAAUCUUUGUAAUUAGUGAUAACAAAAUUAUAGAUCAAUCUCAUUUUGUCUCCUUUAUUCCAUAUUUCUUUAAAUCCUUUCUUUGUCAUAGAUCUAUAGUAAUUACAAGAUAGUUAUAUGAUUUUUACCAUCAUUAGAAAUAUAUGUAUAUUUGAAUAUUUCAAUUUUUUUCUUUAAGAAGGCAUUUUAUGUUACAUUUAAGAUCUGCUUCUCCUAAUAUGAUAUUGAUAUAAUAUAUCAUGUAACCCCAUUGCUUGCAUUUGAUUUUAGCUGAGAUUAUUUACUUUGUCUUUGCAUAUUACUCUGUUGGCUACUGGAACAAGAUAACCCUGUACAAAGCCUACAGGAAUUACAGAACUCAGUAGGGUUACCAUAAAUGUUCUUGUUUAUACUCUCUACUUCCACGUAAUCUAUGAUUAUACAAUCCUGAUUUACUUUUGCUAAUGUUUACAUUUAAAAUAGUAUGUAAUAUUAAGUAAGUCCGUUUAUUAUUCAACUUAUUUCUUUAACACAAGGUAUUCUAAAUGAAAAGUGGAUAUGAAGAUCAGGAUUCGAUUACACAAACUUAAGUAUACUGUGUUCCAUGCAAUCAAUUGCAAUGAAUUGCAAACAAUAAACAGGCAAGGUUAGUGUUAUGGGGGCCCUGGCCUUGUUGUCAUAAUUGAUUUCAUAGUAAAUUACUUAUAAACAUAUUUUAAAAAACAAUGACUAAAGUUCUAACUUAAAAAAAGAUGUAAGUGAUAACAGCUUUUGGAACAUGUCACCUUUUUGCAGGUAAAUAUUGAUAUUGUAGCUUGGGUGCACAAAAUUAUCAUGGAGCUCAAUAAGUCAAAGUGCCAGAAUAUUGCUGCCAUAAAUUGUUUCCUUUGACAUUUUGUAGUGGUUUCAUUGUUUGAGAUCAAUUGCUGGGAUUAUAGCAUAACAGUUUUUAAAAUAACUAGUCUUUGAAAAAAAUCCCCAAUAUUUGAGAUACAGUGAUAUGUAUCAUUUAUAUACAUAUGUAACACAUGACUAAAUGCUGUAAAAUAAACAUUGUUUAAAGAGGUUAACAAGUAGCAAUAUAUAGAGCAGUUAGAAUAUGAUCAUUGCAUUCUCAAAUGAUUAAGACAGAAGAAAUUUAAAUUGUAGUAAAUGCCAUAGUUUGAAGUAUCAUUUUCAUUCAUCGUUUGUUAUACCGAAAUACAUUCCUGUAUAUAGUGAACUUAUUUCAGACUAAUUAUAGAAAUGGUGAUGGGAAAGGGUCAGUUUAAUAACUUGUUUGAUAAUAUUUCAAAGUCAAAAGAAAACCAAUCUUUAUUUCAUUUUUUUCAUUGAUGUUUUCUUAGUUAAAGAGUGCAAUGUAAUAAAUUAUUCUGUUGAAAAAAACUUCAUUUUAUAUUUCAUUAAUUAUGUUUGUGUUACAAGGGGCUAUGUUAGAUUCUUGUAGAAAGCAAUAUAUAUAUAUAUAAAUGAUAUCUGUAAAGUUCAUAACGAAAUAUAGUUCAAUCAUGUUAAUAAAACUGAAACCAGUCCUGCAAUAAGUGAUUUAGACCUUUUUUAUCAAUAAUAAAUGCUAAAA